CCGGGGCUGGUGAAGGCAACUGACGUCACACAAAUGGCGGACGUUGUAAACAGAGCCAGCAGCUUCUCGGCCAGGGUGAAAUAUCUCUUUUUAAGAUGAACAGCAUAGAGUGUGAGCGGCUAGACAGUCUGGAGGGGUGGGUGGCCGUUAAAAGCAACAUAUUUGAGGAAGAUGAGGCCUUUAAACUGGGCUUCAUCGUACAGUGGAACGUUAUCGAGUGUAAGUUCGCCGUCACCUGCCAUAACCGGACGUUACAGCGGCAGAAGCGCAAAUCCGAGCCUGCCGCCGACGACCCUCAGAUGAGCUGGGCAGGACUCUUCUCCGUCAGCGAUCUGAAGCACGUCCACCAGCAGUUCACCUGCGUGGCCGACGUCCUGGGAGGCUGCUUCCCGGAUUUGACGGAGUUUGAAGAGGGCAACAUUUGGGACUUGCUCUUCCUGAAUAGGAGAUCAGGUCCAGACAAUGACGAGAAGGACUAUGACACCCCGUGUAGGAAACUCGAGAAGUAUUUCAGCACCGCUAUUGACCUCUGCGGACGGAAGAUCGUUCUCGACACCUUGUUCGCACAGGAUGACCGAGAUAUCGAGGAGUACUUUGAGAAUUUACAGGAGUUCAAAAAGAAAAGCUUGCAGGAGGAGAUGUCAAGGGCCAAGGGUCACCUGAGACAGCUGCUACAAAGUCACAGCGGUGCUGACAGGAUGGUCAUGCUGCUCAGCAUCUACGAGGAAGAAGACGAGGCCUACCAGGACCUGGCGACUGUCGCCACGACUUUCUUCCAGUACCUGCUUCAGCCUUUCAGGGACAUGAGAGAGCUGGCCUGCCUUUACAAGAUGGACAUCCUUAAGUCUUUGGAGUUUGAGGAACUGGGUCCUAAGAGAAUUGCAGCUCUGGAAAAGGAGGCGGAGGAGUGGAGAAAAAAAGCAGAGGAUGCAGUCGCCUCGAUUCAGGACAUCACUGUCACCUACUUUGCACAGACUUCAAAGGCUCUGGCUGGUAUGGUGAAACAGAUGGAGGAGGAUAAGUGUCGUUUUGGACCCGCUGCCUGGGCGUCAGCGGCUCCCAGGCUGGAAAAACUCCGUUUCCUAUUGGCCAAAGAAACCCUGCAGCACAUGAGAGCCACCGAGAUGUGCCUCAGCCGCAAGAAAGACAGCAUCAAGGAGAGGCUGGAGAACCUCUCCGUGAGAGCCCAAGGCCAGAGGGCCGAUUUAAGGUCUGCGUUUGAGGACGGCCAGAAGCAGGACACUGUGGACCAGCUGGAACUGCAGUUCUACGAAACCCAGCUAGAACUCUACGACGCCAAGUUUGAAAUCCUGAAAAAUGAAGAGCAGCUCCUGGUGGCUCAGAUAGACACCCUGAGACGACAGAUUAAAGAGCUGAAGGAGGAGGUGGUGUACUACGAUGUGUGCGAGGAUCCGGAGGAGUUGCAGAGCAUGGUCCACACAGGUAUUCAUCAACCAGACCCUCCAGCUGUCAGUCAGCUCAAAAGACGCCUACAGACCCUGGAAACCAAGAGGGGCAACAUCUGUGCCCGCCGAGCUUACCUGCGUAACAAAAAGGAUCAGUGCACAGAUGCACAUGAGCAGAAGCACCUGGUGGAAAAACAGAGCUCCAUAGUCUUCAACCAGCAUCACCAGGUCCACCUCAAACGAGAGAAGAAGAAGGAGGAGGAGCAGAGGAGGAAAGAGUGGGUGGACAAGGAGCGGGAGAAAACUCUGAGCCGAUUACGAUCCUUCAGAGAGAAGCGACCGGGCCAGUACAUCCUGAAAGCGCCCCAGUCCAGGCCUUCGCUGUCUUCUCCAGAAAGCCUGUGCCCCUCGCAGCCGAUGUCCAUCAUCAGCCUCAGCCCUGCUCCCUCUUCUCAAGGACCCCCUCCCUCCAUCCGACCCGCACCAAGGCGCAAGAAACCAGCCAAAAAGCAGCAGCUGAAAGACAUGCCUGUCCAAAUCUACGCUGCGCCACCUCCUCCAACGGCCAUCCCCCCUCCCCCAACAGCCCCACCCCCUCCUCCUCCUCCGCCACCACCACCACCACCACCACCACCGCCACUGUCACUGCUGCCUCCCCCCCGAGUGUCGCCCUCAUCAGAGGAUGCCCCGAUGCCUCUGAGUGAAAAAGAGGGCCCUCCAUUUCCAGCCAAGAACACGCUCAAACAAAAUAUAGGAACCAUGGACGAAGUGUUGGCUUCGCUACAGCGUGGACAGAUUAAGCUUCGAAAGGUCCCCGCGGCCAGCACGCCGAGCCCCACUGGGGACGCAAGGAGCAGUCUGAUGUCUGCCAUCCGACAGGGAGUCACCCUGAAGAAGGUGGUUCCUGCACGAGUAGAAGUCCCGAGCGGCGGAGACAACGAGCUGGAGCGCAGCAUCAAGGCCGCCAUGAUGAGGAUGAAGAAGGUGGCGGCUGAUUCGGAUGAGGACGACAGAGGGGACGAAGAGGGACGCAGUGCAGACUGGGAUAGCUGAGAAUGCGUGCGCACUCACGCCGAUGAAGCUGCCGUCUUAUGUUAGCUCCUCUCAGUCUUCCUCACAGUUAUGAGCUUCAGCUCAUUGUUGCCAAUUUCCAUCGGAAAACAAGAAGAAAAAAAAAAAGCUGCUUGUUUGACAAGAACAGGAUUACGCCUCCUCAGACUUAAACGUUGCAGUUUGUUGAAGUUGUUGCACAUUUAAUCCCUUUUGUGUGUGUGUGUGUGUAUGUGUGUGUGCUUUUGUUUUGUAGCCCUGAAACGCUGUAAUACAUCCAACACUGCAACUAACUAGCGAGCGGCAGAAUCAGGACUUACUCUCCUCUAAAACACUUUCCAAUUUUCAGAAAUCCCAGUGAGAGCGAAUGAGCCGCUUUGUUUUUAACGCUCCUCUAAUUAUUGAAUUUCUCCCAAAUCUGUGCCCGAAGGCCUUUUGUGACAGUGUCACACAGCAGGGGGGGAGUGGGGUGGGAGCUUGUGCUGCGGGCGGUGAAGACAACACUACGCAAAUUGUCGUUUCGCUCGCACCACUCGGUCUGAUCUCAUCAUUUUGAAUGUAAUUAAAUUUGAACAAUUGUUUAUUUAACCUAACCCCAGUAAGGCUACAGCCACGUGAAGGCAGCGCUGUUAAUCAUUCAAAGCCUGCGUGUCUGAAGUCUUUGUCGCUGUUUGCGUUGCAGGCCGUUUCACGCUGCCCGCAAUUUUCCCCUUCUCAUGUCAGAAUUUUGGGACCGCUUUAGGAUUAAUCAAAGGGCACUUUCGAAGUGAAAUACACAAAGACAAAUUGAGAAUAUUAGGCUUUAAUUUAAGUAAUGGAUUAAAAAAAAAAAACAUCGCAAAUCGCUGUGUCAUCUAAAGAAAAGGAAAACGGGGGAAAGGUUCCUGUUGUUUAAGGCAAAUUGACCUUUCAACCUGUGACAGCACGUUGCUUUGUUUUGGGGGGUUUUCCCUCCUCAAUCUUUACAAGUGUUCCUUACCUGAACCUGUCAAACAGUUAAACUGUGUGAUAGCAGCAUUAAAUGCUUUACAGGAUGAAUUCAAUUUUAGUUUUAUGAGUUAAUGAUGUUCGAGGCCGACACCUGCAUUGCUGUGUUUUAAUAAUAAACUAGGAGGCAUCAGGUCGUCAUCAAACGUUGGCGUUCCUUUUUCCCUCCACUUUCAUUCAAAUACAUUCAUCUGAGCUCUUUGCCACUUGCUUUGCUCACGCUGGUCCCCGAUCUCCAAAGUCUUACCUGUGCCCAGGCCCUCAUUCUUUAAACAAAGUCACAUCAGACCUGCACCGGUGAACCCCUGGCGAGUGGGCUUUGGUGGAUGAAGCCCACAGUGAUGAGUCACGAAGUAAUGUCCAUCCUGGCAGCGCUCGCUCUCACACAUCGGUCUCCUGCAGUGACAGCUCAGACAUCCCCAGCCAGCUGCGAUUGAGUUUAUUCAGCUCUGCGUACUUAAGAGAAGCCACCGUUUUUGCGGGGCUGCUGUCAGUCUGUGUGCAAUCUGUUUGCAACAUCCACGCGAUUCAGGUGGAGACGGGUCACGCACCUCGGGGUGGGAGGGAAGGCGCACACGGGGGUAUUUAGACGAACACCUCCAUCCAGUAUAAACAGAAAUUUCAGCAGCCUGUUACUAUGGCAACAAGAAGUGUCAGCGGUAGUGGCCUGCAGUGCCAUAUCGCUCUCUUGCUCGCUCUCUCGCUCACAUGUACAGAGCAGCAUAGUCUCUUGAUGUUUCACCAACUCGCCCACUUGUCACCAGUCACACAAUGAGAGCUGAGAGUCAGACAGCGAUGACAGCAGAGAGAACGAGAGGCCGUUUUUGCUCUACCAGAAUCGAUUGGGAGCGAGGCUGAAAGUUGAGGAGCAGAAGUACAAUUUUUUUUUCAAAUUGGUAUUUAAGCCCUAAUUGUGUGUAAUGAGAUCCAGAGUUGAAACUUUAAAGCAGUGCUGACAUUUAGCAGAUCAUUAUCAGUAUGCGUGUCAGAUAUAUGGUCAAAAUGGCGACCUGCUGGUGGCGCCAAACAAAAAGACUUAAGGGUGACUUAGGUGAGAAGGGUUCAUCCUAAGGUGGGCAUGAAUAUCUACCCAGAUUUCCUGCUUUCAUGGCGGUCCAUUGUGUAGUUUGUUACUCUGGCUGACAGUGUUCAGGUGUUCAGUAAGGCUGCAAACAGUCUGGGAACCUAUCUGCUGACCUCAAGGACAUUCAUGUGUAUUCAUGUGACAUUAAUUAAAAAAUUAAUUGUUCAUAAAAUUAGUAAAAUAGUAAAAAAUGUUCACCACACCAUUUUUUUGUUUAACUUAAUAUACAUUUGCUGACCACUUUGUUGGGUACACCUGUUCAACUUCUCAUUAUUACAAAUACUGUAUCUAAUUGGCCAGUCGCAUGGUAGCAGCUCAAAGCCUUUAGACAUCCAGACAUGACCAGGUCGGCCUGGUGAAGUUCACCCUGAGCCUCAGAAUGAAGAAGAAAGUGACUUUGAAAGUAGCACUCUUGUACGGCCAUCUCUCGGGUUUACAGAGGAUGGUGUUAAAAAAAGACAAAGUGCUGAAAUCAUGAGCGACAGUUCUCUUGGCAAAAAUGCCUCAGCAGCUGAAGACCACACCAGGCGCAACAACUACCAGCUGAGAACAGAAACGGAGGCUACAGUUCACACAGGGUCACUAAAACUUGACGACAGGAAAUUAGAAAAAUGUUGCUUGUUCCGAUGAGUCUCGAUUUCUGCAGCAAAAUUCUCAUGGAGUCCGAAUUUAACAAACGCCUCCUAUCAGUGGGUCAAGGUAGUGGUGUAAAUCCCUCAGUACCAGAUGAAUAUUGUGUACCCAUCUUCUGAUGGCUACUUCUAGCAAGAUAAUGUGCCAUAUCAAUAAGCGCAAAUCAUCUCAAACUGUUUUUUUGAACAAAAUGAGUUUACUGUGCCCGAAUGGCCUCCACAGUCACCAGAUUUUGCUCCAGCAGAGCACCGUUGGGAUGUUGUGGAACAUCAUGGAUGUGCAGCCGGCAAAUCUGUGUGAUGGUGUCAACUCUAUAUGCAGCAAAAUAUCUGAGGAAUGUUUCCAGUACCUUGUUGAAUCGGUUCCAUGAAGAAUGAAGUCAGUUUGGAAGGUCCAACCUGGUAACGUGUCUGUUACGGUGUUUCCACAGCUGUCUGAACUUUACUAAACUCUGAACCAAAAACAAUUCUAAAAAUGAGGAGUCUCCAUAUCGGAGUCUCUCAUUUAAAUAAUGUCAUUGUUGGUUGUUAUUCAGUUGUAGCAGUUUUCUCUUUUUUGAAUCACUCAAAUGUCUUUGGAUUCUGCACUGUUGGCUGCACAAAAGACGUCUUUUCAAAA